GCUACGCUUGGCGCCGCGUCUUUGCCAUGGUUGCACGCUACCUACAUACAAAGGCAUCGAUACACAAUCAUCUGUUUGGCGCCUUCUAUCUCCAUUAUCGAUCUGUUACUUCAUAAAGCUCACUAGGUCACUAUACUUCAAGACUUCGACCCCUCAACCAGACUUCGACCCCUCAACCAGACUUCGACCCCUCAACCCUCUUGGUAAACCGGCUGGGUUGCUUCUAUCUAGUCUGUCGCGUCCCAACACCCCGCUAUCGCGCCUGUUGAGAUCGCCUUUUCAUCAUUUGCCAGACGAGUGUGUGACAGUACUGUUGCGCACGUCUUAUAUCUAUUUACAAGUGGCUGGGCUAGUCAUUUAAUCAUGGAGCAAACUGCACAAACCCCUGGAACACAGCAGGGCAGGCAGCAGCCUGUGUACGACACCCGAAAUGGUGGGCAUUAUGGUGCUAGCGCAGCGCUUUCUGCGCAAGGCUAUGCGCCUGUUGCCGAGCUCUAUACCGGGACAUGGGCGAAUGUCAACCAAGGCUUGCAAGGAACCGCCCGUGAUAUACUUACAACAUACUGGCAGCACAUCAUCAACCAUCUAGAAUCGGACAACCAUGAUUAUAAGAUACACCAGCUACCACUUGCUCGCAUCAAAAAGGUCAUGAAGGCUGACCCAGAAGUUAAAAUGAUAUCAGCGGAGGCACCAAUACUUUUUGCCAAAGGCUGUGAUAUCUUUAUCACUGAACUGACCAUGCGUGCAUGGAUUCAUGCCGAGGACAACAAGCGCCGUACACUACAGAGGUCUGAUAUUGCAGCAGCACUAUCAAAGUCUGAUAUGUUCGAUUUCCUCAUUGACAUAGUACCUCGCGAGGAGGCCACGUCCCAUGCGAAGAGGUCUAGCCAGACAGCUGGAGCUUCUGCAGGCGUUCCUGGCCCCGCAGGAGCUACCGGCCAACUGCCACCAUCUCAACACGGUGUUCCCCAUCACAUGCCUCCGCCGGACUAUAGUACGCUGGGUCAGCAUGGGCUCCAAGAUCAAGAGUACCGGCCGCCGACGAUGUAUGCUGGAGCUGUGCAGUCUGACCCCACGGCUGCCUAUGGUCAGCAUCAGCCUCAAAUGUUCGAAGGAAUGUAUGCAGCAUAUCCGCAUCUACCACCUCAGCAGGUAUGUUAAUAUUAUCACGAGAACCCCACCUCCUUUCUCGUCUCUUCCCUUUUGCUAUUGUUUUAGCUGUUAUCUACAUUGGCUUAACCUUGACUAAUGCACUGGACACCAAUAAGUGAGUGAUGAUGGCACUCAAAAGUAGGCACAGCCUGAGCGGCACACGAGGAUUAUAAGUACAACGGCACCAUGCCAUCGUAUCCGCUACCCGGUCAAGGAAGUGAC